AUGGUAUCACUUACAAACGAAGAGGUCCGAAAUAACCCAAGUAUUUUAAGUUUAUACGUCCCUAAAGCUGUUGCCUCACCACCCAUCCUUUCCGAUUUGCUCAGCCUGAGUUGGCUGCCCCUUUCCUCUGAGAAUCCUCAUCUCUUACAUGAUCUAAUAUCAUUGACUAAGUUCAUCCUCUCUACAAGCAACCCUACACACAUACGCUCCCUCCUUUCAACCCUCCUGAUCAGCCUCGUCGAGUAACUCCUAUUUAGUCCCUCAUUUGAGAAGCCCAAAGGAAUUCUGAAGCUGAAAAAUAAAAUAUUUUCUUCAGCCAAUGAACUCAAGUUUUACAUCGUCGGCAUCCUUAAAUCCCAUGGCUUAAAUGAAAAAAUCACUGGUGAGACUGUGGGAUUCAAUGAUUUCUCCUUUUUGGGACUAUUUCGCCGAAAUUUUUACUUUAAUAUGCUCAGAAAAAAAUCUUAUUUUUCGACCAAUGUCUUUCGGUAAAAAAAUAGGGAAAAAAAUAGUGCCAUGAGACUGAAGAGCUGAUCAAAGCUCUUUUUCACUACCAUCCUUCAAGCAAAGACAAGUUUGAAAACAUACAAAGCAUAAGCAUUGGUGUACAUAAAGAAGAAAACAGAGAAAACAGGUGCUUUGUUAUACACACAGAAGGCUCAGAAGCAAAAAUUUCCUACGUUAAAGCUAUUGCUGGAUUUGUUCAAUGCAUGGACCAGCAAGCUGAACAGGAAGUGCUUAAUAAUAUUUAUAAAGUCGCUGAUAAAGUUAUUGAACUGAUUGCGUCAUCAGUAGAAAAAAACCCUGUGCUUCUGCCUUUUGUUAAGUCAAAAAUUAAUGAUGCAUUUCCACACAGACGAAUGGACAUUGCAAUCCAAAAAUUUUUCUUACCCCUUUAAAUUGAAACAAACUACUUUUUAGAUGCUUUAACUGGGCGAUUUUUUUUUCCAAUCGGAAAAAUUUUUAUAACUCCCCCCCCCCCCCCUCCGUGAGCGAACAAAACCAUUAGAAAAAUCACCAUUUUUUGACCAAAAACCCACCCUCCGUGAGCGAACAAAAAUUUUUUUAAUAGAAAAAAUUUUAAUGGAAAAAAAUUUUGAUAUAUAAGUGAUAAUUAGUAUAAUGAAAUCUAGAGCUAAUUCUGUUUAAUUUUAAACAAAUUGCGUUUUAAAACAUAAAUUUUGCAAAUUAAAUUAAUAUUUGCUUCCCAAUUUUUGCAAAUUAGGAUUUUUUUUAAAUUUCGAAAAAAAUAUUUUUUAUAAAAUUUUAUAUAUAAAUUUUUUUUAAAAAAAAAAAUUAACCCCCCUCCGUGAGUGAACAAAAUUUUUUUGUUCGCUCACGGAGGGGGGGGGGAGUAAGUGAAAAUAUUAAUUUUUAUAUAAAAUUAGUUUUGAUAAAAUUUAAUGGGAAAAGUACUAGUAGAAUAUUAUUUAAAAAGUUUUCACAGUGAAUCGAUUAAUUUUUUAAAUUAAUUCUUUAUAAAAAUAAAUCAAAACUAAAGAUUACCCAUAGUUAUAUUUUUUUAAUAUUUUAUCAGAAAGAAAAUUCAAUAUAAAAUUCUUUUAAAAAAAUAACACCCUUUAAAUUGGACGAGAUUUUUGUCCAAUUUAAAGGGGAAAUUAACUCGCCAGUUUAAAUUGGAACAAAGAUAUUUGCGCCAAUUUAAAAGGGGGCUAGUUUUUUUAAAAAUGAUUAUUGCAAUAAAGAUUUCAUUCAUAAAAUUUAUCAUUUCAGAGUGCCAACUGUUUAAAUAGCAUUCUUCGAUCACUCUCUCUAUUAAAUUCGUUCAAAAUUAUUCAUAGCAAUUAUUAUAUUCAUAUAUAAAAUUUGUGAUUAAAAAUAGAUUUUAUUCUAAUUAAUUUACCAAAGAAAUGGAAACUUUACAAUAUUUCUUCAAAAUUUAAGUGGGGAGUAAGAAAUAUCCUUAUUUUAUCACAAAAGUGCAAAGUGCUUGAAGACUUCAUUUUACACAAAAUAAUUGAGAAGCUCAUUGAAAUAGAAGUUGAAGGCAGCUAUGAGAAACUUGAUGUUUUACUGCUAGUUCUGUUAGAGCACCUUCAAGCAAGUGUUAAUGACUCUCUGUAUAAUUCUCUCAUAAAGAUUUUUGAGGAACUUAUACUGCCAACAUACCAAGUGAAGUAUAUUCUGCUCAUAAUUCUCAACAUUUGCCAGGCUGGCAAAGAAGAUUAUGCAGAGGUUUUCCUUAAUCGCUUGGUCAUAUUAUUUUAUAAUUGAAUAAUUAUUCAAUUUUUAGAUUAAUUAUAUUGAAAAACAUAAUUAAAUAAAUUUAUUAUUUCGUAAAAAAUUAAAAGAAUGCUUCUCUAAUUUCACUUAUUUUCUUAAAUUUUAGUACGAAGAUUUAGCAUGCUAAUAAAAAAGAUUUUCGCAAAUGAAUUUGUUGAGUCUUCCUCAGCUUGCCUUGUUUCUUUCCUCGCAGAGUAUUCCGAACAAAUUUUGCCUUGUGCAACAUACCUUAUUUAUUACUGCCUUCGAGCAGUCAAAAAAAGAUCAAGCUGCAAGAACUGCUUUAUUGUCUUAAAAUACCUUCUCUACCUAUUUGCUAUCAAGCCUGAAGUCUUAGACGACGAAGAGCUCUUACACAAAUUCAAAAAGCUCAUCCGACAUAAAGCAAAGCCUCUGAAAUACACAGCAUUGCUUGAGCAAGUGAGCUACCAGCGCGUUUUCGAAAUCGUGGGAAUUGAAGAGAGGAUUUGCUCUGACAAUUUCCACCUGCCGUUUAAGUACGACCUGAGGGACCUGAAAGGAGUUGCUGAGUACAUGGGAAAGACUCAAGCUUCCUGGUUCAGGAAAAAGAGGAGAAGAGGACUGAGUUUUGAUGAUGGGAAUGAGAGGUACUUGAAACAACGAGGCUUUUCAUUUGAUGAGACGAAGCUUAUGGAAGUAAGUGACAAUGUGAGUAGCUCUGAAACGAAUGUGCCAUAUAAUUAA